GACGUCGCGUUAUUUCAAAUAAACAAAAUGGCGGCGUCCAUAGACUUAAUUGGUUUAACGAUUUCUAACCACAAUAAUGCGUUUAAGUCUUUUUAAGGAUGUCGAUAGUUUUACCUAGGAGAAAAAGAAAAACAGAUAUUUUUGCCCCGAGGAAAUCUGUACAAGAUGCAAAAGAAAAACUUGGUCCGGCAUUUUUUGAUCCGUCGUUACUUGAAUGUUCAAGAAAUGCGGUUGAGCUGAAUAAGUUGGUAAAUAAAUGGGAUGACAUCGAUAAGCAAAAGAUAAAAGUUAUACGAGACCUAAGCCGUGAGCAAAACGCAUUAGCAAAAUCAUUCAAACGGAAUCAUUCUUUUACUGCAUUUUCAACGAAGGAUUUAACGUCUGAAGAUUGCAUAGUAACCCUCGACGGAAGACCGAUUCCUCCUGGUUUUCGAUUUAAAUCUAACGGUGAGUUUAAAGUCUCUACAACAUCUUUGUCAGUGAUUCCAAAUGAUGAAGAAACAAAAUCAAAUGGAAGUGAAAUCAAACUGACACAUACAAUUUCAGCACCAUAUUCCAAGAGGAUACCGAAUGAAGAGAAAUCAAAUCAAAGUUUUAUAGACUGCAAUAGAGAAAUCGCAAUGUUGAGAGGCGUUAUUGUUGAUAUAUGUGAGGAAUUAUCAAAAAGUAAAAUAAGCUUGUCAAAGUCAAAUUCCGGACAUUUGAAGAGUUUUCUAAGGGCUCAUUCCAAUGAAUAUAUAAGUGUAAGCGACUUUACCGGAGAGACAUACGAAAAGCCAAAUGACAGAUUUGCGUUCCAGCCCGGGUCGUCAGAAAGGCGAAAUCUUUACAAGCAACGAAUAUAUACACCAUCGUCAAGGGCUUGUACCGGCUGCCAGUUUAGACUAAAACAGGAAAACGACGAACUUCAAAAAUUGAAAAACUCUUCAGAUAAAAGCAUAUUAAAGCGACGCUGGAGUUACGUACCAACAGGCAAAUACAUAUCAUCAUCCGCGAAUCUAAAUAUGAGUACACAUUUAAUGAAUUCAUGUUCAUUGACAAAUGACAUGAAAUCUAUGGCCGAAUCAAAACCUUCAAUGGUUCAAUUUAAAGUUGACUCUGAAAUCAAUCCUAGGAAAGCAGUUUCAUUUCAACAUAAAUCUAAAGAAGACACACGUACCGAUGGCCGUACCAAAAGUUCCCCGUGCAUCAGGCAGACUACGAAUUCGGAAUCAGGAAAAUACUACAGAAGUGCUCCACUGUUAAGACCUAAGCAUAUUAAUUCAAAACCAACAGAAUCGUGCCAAGCAAGAAGUCCGCCUGCUUCUUGGUCAAACAGAUCAGCGUCAAAGAGUGGCUUGUCUGCUUAUUCUGAAACAAGGCGGUUGGGUUUAAAUUCUUCGCUUUCCACUAGAUCUGCUGGACUAGAGUCGCGUCAAAGUUCCAGAUUAUUGGCAGACUAUGAUUCCAGACUUAAUUUACUAAAACAGUAUCAGGCAGAGCAGGAGAAAGAAUGCGAGUCGAAAGUAAAGAAAUUUCUCAACGACAUUAAAUCAUCCAAGUAAACAGGAACCGCCUCCGUAACUGGCAUAAGUCUACAGAACUAGAGUUUUGACUUAUCAAACUCCCAACUAUAGUGAAUGUUACUAAACUGAUUGAUACAUGCCAUGUUAGAUUACAAUGAAAGCUUUAUCAUUAUAGAUCAAUAAAGUGGUGGCUAGCAGGUAAUCACUGGCCAUAGACUGUCCUAAAUUACAGGUUUAAACUGUAAUUUGGAUUUUGUAAAUGUCGAAAGUUCGGGAAUUUUCUUUCAUACAGAACAACGUCCUAUUUCAUAGCAUAUUUCAUUGCAUAUUUCAUUGCAUAAUAUUUAUGAAAAAUGUAAAUGACGUCGGUAGAGAUCUGGAGGAACAAGCUAAGGUUAUAUAUAAGUUCAGCAUGCAUACAUGUAAAUCUAAAU